AUGUGUAUUGCUUUGUCUCUAAUAAAUUUAAACCAGAAAUGGGCUUGUUUCAAUACGAAGAAUGUGACACUGAAGUUGCAUGAAGCAGCAGUUCAUAAACAUAAAGACAAGGAAGAGAAAACCUUCGUAGAAUUUGAGAUUGAUUCUGUUCCUGAAAAUCGGCCAUUCCUUUUGUCGAGGGACUUAGUCUAUGUACGGCCAUCAGGUACAAAUGCUGAGCAGUUUCAGGGCAUUAUAAAUCGCAUUAUUAGGAGCAAUCUUGUAUUAGUGGAAUUUGAAGAUGAAUUUUAUGAUUAUCAUUAUUCGACCCAAAAAUAUGAUGUCAGCUUCUCAUUCAAUAGAGUAUGUUUGAAAAGAGCUCACCAAGCAGUUCAAACAGCAUCGGAUACUUUGUUUAAGAACUUCCUCUUUCCCGAUUGUGUUUCCCGUACGAGCAUUCCCACUGCACCAGCACCGCUGUCUGGCAGUCACAAACUUGACGCCAAACAAUUAUCUGCUGUUCGUCAUAUUUUAAGCAUUCAGGGCUCACCACCUUACUUGGUGGCUGGCCAGCUUUGUGUUGAAAGGAACGUUUUUAGGCCGUCGAGAACUGGAGCGGUUGUUUGUGAAGCAGUGCACCAGUUAUGUCAAACCUCACUCAAAAAUAGGAUUCUGAUAUGUGCUCCUAGUAACUGCUGUUGUGAUGGGAUUAUGGGAAGCUUGUUGAAAGUGAUUCCAGAGUCCGAUAUGUUUCGAGCCAACGCUGCAUUCCGUGGGAAAAAUGAGGUGCCUGAUGACAUCCUCCCAUCAUGCCUUUACGAAGACCCUUAUUUCUCUUGUCCUCCAACUGAGAAGCUCAAAAAAUUCAGGGUGAUUUUCUCGACUCUCGUGAGUAGCUUUCGGCUACAUGAUAAAGGCCUAACUUCUGGACAUUUUAGUCAUAUUUUUCUGGUGGAUGCUUCAUCUGCCAUUGAGCCAGAAACAGCAGUGGCCUUAACUAAUUUUGCAGAAAAAAGUACUACUGUUAUAGUCACUGGUCAACCAGGAGAUAAUUCACGUUGGGUUCGCGCAGACAUGGCAAGGCAAAAGGGACUGAAGAUUUCAUACUUCGAGAGACUUUUCAAGUCAAGGCCAUAUAGAAGCCUCAAUCCAGUGCUUAUCACACAAUUGGACCAGUAG